CUCGGGUCUCUGUGCGGAUUUAGAGACAAGCGGUUCCUAGUGCGCUUGCGCGGCGUCGUGGGCCGGGUUCCCCUGCAGCCGGGACUUGGUACGGCCGAGCGGUUGGUGCGGUCUGCAGCUGCAGCCCCGGGGCGCGCUUUUCAAAUCGUCCCAGCCUUGCACCGAAAUGGAGGGGCAGCUGCUGAGGGGCCUCGCCGCGCAGCAGGACUGCAGCAGCAUCCGAGAGAAAAUAGACUUAGAAAUCCGCAUGCGAGAAGGAAUAUGGAAGCUGCUCUCGCUCAGUACAAAAAAAGACCAGGUUUUGCAUGCAGUGAAGAACCUCAUGGUGUGCAGUGCUCGGAUCCAGGCCUACACGGCGGAGCUGCAGAAGUCAGAAGAGAUUGCCAGUCAAACCGGAAGACGGUUAGUGCUGGAUGCGAGUUCUGAAAGUAAAGAACGAGAACCCUGCAGAGGAAAGAUCGCCCUGUCAGAUAUCCGAAUACCAUUAAUGUGGAAAGACUCCGAUCACUUCAGUAAUAAGGAAUGCACACAGCGCUUCGCCAUCUUUUGCUUAUUCCGGAUGGGAGCUCAGGUGUUUGACACCGAUAUGAUGAUCGUGGAUCAGACCAUCACAGAUAUAUGUUUUGAAAAUGUCACCAUAUUCAACGAAGCAGGACCAGACUUCCAGAUAAAGAUAGAAGUCUACAGCUGCAGUGCAGAGGAGUCUUCCAUAGCCAACACCCCAAGAAAGCUGGCCAAAAAGCUAAAGACGUCCAUCAGCAGAGCUGCAGGCCGGAAGAUAAGCGCUGCACUCCAGGAAGAGAACCCAGAGGCGUGCUCGCUUGUCAGCUCCGUGGCGGGUGCAAAGUACCAUUUGCUGGCUCAUACCACCCUGACCUUGGAAAAUGCCGGAGACUGCUUCAAGACCCAUAACCUGUCCAUCCACGGAGACGAAGAGUGUUCCUUUUGGCUUCCCUUGUAUGGCAACCUGUGCUGCAGGCUGGCAGCCCAGCCAGCUUGCAUGGCUGAAGAUGCGUUUGCUGGAUUCCUCAACGAACAGCAAACAGGAAAAGGGCUGGUUGGCUGGAGAAGGCUCUACUGUGCCCUGAGAGGGGGUAAACUCCGCUGUUUUUACGGUCCAGAAGAAAUCGAAGCUAAGGUGGAGCCGGCUUUGGUAGUUCCUAUUGACAAGGAAACCAGAAUUCAGGCCAUGGAAAAGGAUUCAAAGAAGAUGUGCUGUUUCUCUGUCCUCAACCCGGCUGCUGGGCGGGCAGUGAGUCACGUCUUUGCGGCUGACAGCCUAGCUGACUUUCAGGAGUGGAUGGGUGCCUUCCGGAAGCAUUUCUUUGAUCUCAGCCAGUGGAAGCAUUGUUGUGAAGAACUUAUGAGAAUUGAGAUUAUGUCACCACGGAAACCACCUUUGUUCCUGGCAAAGGAUGCGACCUCAGUGUAUCAUGAUAUGAGCAUCGACUCACCCGUGAAACUUGAAAGUGUAAUGGACAUAAUACAAAAAAAAAUCGGAGAGACCAACGGACAGUUCCUCAUGGGUCGGGAUGACCAAUCCACUGCACCCCCAUGGGCGGCAGUCUUUGAUGGCAAUCAUGAAAUGGUCAUCCAGAAGAAAGUGUUGUCCCCAACAGGCAAACCGGCCCCCGAUGGGAAAAGGAAAAAGAGGCGGGCUCCACUCCCUCCUACAGAUCAGCUUCCCUUCAGCAUAAAGACACAGGGCAGCUCGGAUCAGUGGGAGGGCAACGGGGCCCAGGUCAGUGUUUCUGGAGCCUCACCUUCGGAUCCCAGACUAUCACCGCCUAUGCAUCAUCUCCAGAAACCGGUAGCUGCCCCUCGAAAACUUCUCCCUGCCAGGCAAAAUAGUUCAGCGGACGGUGGACACCCAGACACUAAAACCAGUUUUGACGCGAAGCCAGUGCCAGCUCCAAGGCAGAAAUUGAUCAGAGGCAUUCUGGACCCUAGAUCAUGGCUCCAAGCACAAGUAUAGAAACCCUGUACUGUAUAAAUCCAGCUGUAAGGCUACGGGAAUUUGUAAUCUGCUAUUCAAAGUCAUUUCCUUGAUGAGCCCUGAAAUCCUGUUGACUUUGCCGCUCAUCAGCGAGGCCCACAAUUAUUAGUGAGUGAAGUGGAUAUGAAAUGCCCCCCAUCGCCUGGCUUGCUGUAUGAUGUUAAUCUCCAUUGUGGCCUCUGGAAUUCAGGGAGACAAGUAGCUGAUUAAUGCCUUAAAUUUUUACUUAAUGCUUGUUUUAAAAGCAGAUGGCAGAUUCAAAAAUUAUCAGGAAGGUUGACCACAGUAAUUU